AUGUCCAAUGUUCGCCCUGGUAGAACUCAGGCCACACGGUUGCGGCCCGCCAGUUUGGGUGGUGCCUUGCUACAGAAAGUAGCUGCCAACAAUACCCAGCUGAUGUUGGCUGUGAUUAUUGCUUUGCAGGUGGCAGUGCUUUUUAGAUCUCCACCUGCUAGUCCCAAUCAAUACGUCUUCAGCACUUUGUCUCCCCAAGGACAGCGGCAAGAACUAGAAUCACAAUCCACCAUCAAGUCACAACACCACAAAACACAGCAACAAGAUAACAAACCCAUCAAGGUGGCAUAUGCCAUUUCGUUGAUUGAAUGUACGGACAAUCACAAAUCGGGUCAUUCGUCUGUGGCUGGACUGCAAGAUGCUUCUAUUGUGAUGCGUCAUUCCAUCCAUCAAAAUUCCAUUCGCAAUCCAAGCAGUGGAAGCAAGUAUGAUUACCAAAUGUAUGCCAUUAUUCAUGAACAAGCCAAAUCCUGUGCUCCCACGCUGGAGGCAGCAGGUUUUACGACCAUAAUCCGGCCACCGCCAGUGUUGGAAAAGGAUAUCCAGGAUAACUAUUUGCGCAAGCAUAUACAUAAAGAGGUGUGUUGCGGAGUUCACGAAUUCGUCAAGUUGUAUGCCUAUCAGAUACCCGCACCAAUUGUGGUACAUCUCGACAUUGAUUUCAUCUUUCAAAAACCCUUGGAUGCUCUCUUUGAUACCAUGCUGGGAACUGCUGACAAAACAACACGAGCCUUGGUCCAACGAGAAGAUCCCACAGCACCAUGGCCAACCAAUAUUGAAGCCAUGAUUACCCGAGAUUAUCACAGCACGUAUCCAGGACGAAAUGCUGGUUUCCAGGCAGGGUUUUGGGUCCUCAAACCCUCUCAAAAGCAUUUUGACAAAUUGAUUGACAUUAUCAAAACCACAAAUUAUGUCGGUGAUUUUUCUCCUCAAAAUGGUUGGGGUGGUAAGGGCUAUGGUGGAUUUGUUGGAGCACGAGCCAUGCAGGGCCUCAUAGCCUACUAUUACGACAUGCAUGUCCCUGACACUUGGGUUGAACUCAACAAUUGUCGCUACAAUGCUGUACAAGCCAUUGUCCAUGCAAAAAAGGAUGGAAAAUGUCUCUCAGGUAGAGAAUCGUGUGAAGAUUGCCGUGACACUCCUAUUCCCGAGAUCUACAGUUUCCAUUACACAGCCUGUCGCAAGCCGUGGACGUGUAUUGCUGUCAAGACGGAUGACCCAAACAACAAAAUGCCACGGAAGUAUUCUGUUCCAGUUGAUAUUGUACACUUUGAUCAAUGCAUGAAAGCACAAAAGGUAUGGCAUGCCAUGCGAGCCGAUUUGGAACAGAAACUGGUCCAGUUGACAGGGGACAAGAAGAAUAUUCUACGAAAGGGACAAUCUGGCAGUUACAAUAAAGAAUUCUUUCUGGGGCAUUGCUCCGAAGAUCAGUCAGCAGGAUACCUGCGGUUGGCAGGAGGGGCACCUGAAACCAUCAAGAGAAUACCAGAGUUGUACGAGUAG